GUCUGUGACCAGGUGACACACUCAGGGACAGCACUUGAGAUGUCCCCGGGACAACCCCUUCAGAUUUCCCCUUCUGAAGCUUGAUCUCAGCUGCCUGCAGAACUGUCAACUACAUGUAACAAAUAACAGCAGAAAACUGGUACCAGAACUCAAUAUUUGGACCUGAGAAUCAUUAUUUCAGAUGAUUUAAAGGAACGCGCUUGGCAGUAAUGAGGGAGCAAGAUGUCAUCGCUAUGAAGUGCCCCCCAUACACCCCUAAUAACCGCUCAUCUCUCCAACUUUCUGAUUGCCCGUCAUUCCACCUGCCUAGCUGCCCCUCUGUCCCCCUCCAUGAUGACCCAUCACACACCCCUCUUAGCUGCCCCUCUGUUGACCUGCCUGAUUGCACCUCAAGUCUCCCUCUUAGCUGCCCCUCUGUUGCCUUGCCUGAUUGCAUUUCAAGCCCUCCUCCUAGCUGUUCCUCUGUCCACCUGCCUGAUUGCCCUUUAGACUCCUCUCAAAGCUGCCCCUUUGUCCCCUUGCAUGAUUACCCCUCACAUCCUGCUUCUAGCUGCCCCUCUGUUCCUCUGUCUGACUGCCCCUCUAACCCCCCUCUUAGCUGCCCCCCUGUUGCCCAGCAUGACUGCCCCUCAAACCCCCCUCUUAGCUGCCCCUCUGUUUCUCUGUCUGACUACCCUUUAAACCCUCCUCUUAGCUGCCCCUCUGUUGCCCGGGCUGAUUGCCUCUCAAGCACCCCUUCUAGCUGCUCCUCUUUCCCCCUGCCUGAUUGCCACUUAGACUCAUCACAUAGAUUCCCCUUUGUCCCUCCGCAUGAUUACCCCUUACACCCCCCUUCUAACUGCCCCUCUGUUUCUCUGCCUGAUUCUCUCCCAUGCCCUCUUUAUAAUUGCUCACCUCUCUCUUCUACUGACCACUACUUUUUUGCUGAACCUGAUUUUCCCUCUACCCAGUCAAAUUUUUUUUACGAGUCUCCUCCUAAUUUACCUUCUAAUAUACCACAAGAAACGUUCUGCCCUCCUCUAUCCACCCCUGGCUUAUCUUCUGUCCCCUAUAAAGAUUAUCUGUUUUCCUCACCUCCUAUUGUCCCCUCUGCUUCGCACAUUAGCACACCAUCAGAUUCCUCCUCUAACUUAUCUUCUACUACAUUCCCUUUUCAUUCUUCCUCUCCUUGUAUCUGCCCCAUUAGCAACUGUUCCUUACCCCCUGUCAAUAACUCUUACCUUACCUCACGUGCCACACCAUCUCCUCCUCCUAAUGGCCACCAUGUCCAUUUCUCUCUGGACCUUCCAACCCUUGAGCCAUCAACCACUUACUCCUCUGGGGUCCCUCCUUGGCCCUCACCAACUGUAGAAGAAGCUUUAGGCUGCAAGGUGCACAUCUUGUCAGUAGAAAAGCAACUCCAGAUGCAACAAGACAGAGAACUCGCUGAUGAGUUUUUGGACUCUCUGUCUCGUUUAGAGGACUGGCUUCAAGGGGCCCAGAUUACAGCAUCCAUGCCAAAUUUCACUCAUAGCAGACAUAGUGAGGCCAAACUUGCCCUACAGAGAUAUGAGGUCCUGCUGAGAGACAUGAGGGAGAAACUGCUGGACUUAGAGUCCUUAAACAGACAAUAUUGGCGACUAUCACAGGUGCCUCAUCAGAUGUUGCUUCCAAGUGUCCUCCGGAGAAGAAUGCAGGAUGUUAAUGACUGCUGGGACCUUCUCCAGAGAGAAGCAGAAGCCAGACAUCAGGCUUUAAAGUUCAAAGUCCAACAAAGGGAAGAGUUUGAAAUGGACAAAGAGGAGAUGAGGCUAUGGCUAAGUGAAAUGGACAUGGGACUAUCAAGUGUAGAGUAUAUAUACAGUGGGAACCCAACCGAGAAGAUUAAUCAGCUCCAGGCUUUUCAGGACCAUGUGAGAAAUAACAUGGAGAGGUUAGAAGGUCUAUUUCAGCAAGGCGACCUUCUGAUGGAUAUUAGUGAUCCUGAAGAUGCAAAAGUGUUAGAGGAAGAGAUGACUGACUUGGGCUGUUACUGCCAAGAUAUAUUUACCCGUCUCUCUCGCUUCCAGAAACGCCUUCUGAGCAGCAAGCUGGUGUAUGAAGAUGACCUGGUGUUAGAUGACAAAUUAGAAGUUAUGUCUGAUGGUUCUUCAGAUGUGUUCUUGGAAAUGGACAAUGAGGAAGAAGCCCUCUGUGCACCAUCUGAUGGAUCUGGUUUACCUCCCAAUGUAUCCAAGGCUCCCACAGGAGCAGUGAAACUAGAUCUGGAAUGGGAUCCACUGGGUGAUGUUGGAGGGUCAAGUUCUAAUGAUGGACAGGAAUCAUUUUACACAGCAACCUCUGCCCAGUGGAAGGUUGUGCACAGAGAGGGGUCUAGGACAAGUAUUAGUUCCACUGCUUGGACAUCAGGAUCAAGAGCUGAGACACAAGCGGAUGUGGAACACCUGAAGAUUCCAUCCAUGGACCCUAGUUUAAAAAUGGCCAACAAUGGACAGAGAGAAGAUCCUGCUCUAUUAGAGCAAAUUCAGGGUCCAGACAGCUUAGAACUUGAGGAGACAUCAGGUCCAGAAGAUACCCAUGUAGGGCAGACACAGGAAGCCAAUUGCACACCUGACCCAAUGGAAUCUAAAAACACUGCACAUAACACAAUUCCUGAGCACAGAGUGAUCAGUGGGAUCCCUGAUCAGAUGCAGCCAAUGGCCUCUGUUCCCCAGGACAUUGAUAGAUGGUUGAAGCAGAGCCGUGCAGCUCAACGAAGACGGCCCAGAAGGACAAAUAAGGGGAAGCUAAGUCAGGAUUUCAACAAGAAUCAACAGGGACAUCCCCAAGAAGUAUCUAUACUUAUUGAAAAAGGGAGUGACACGACACAUAAUAACACUGAGGAAACCUGUGGGCGGAGUCUGGAUUCCCUGAAGGUGUGGCUCAAGCGCUUUGCCUCUCUCUCCCUUGUUGUCCUCUUUUUGGGAGGUUCUUUCCUCCUAUUCCCACUGAGCCGACCCAGCUGCACCUCUCAGCGUUUUGCCUGGUCGCUGAUGCUCACCUAUGUAAAUGGUCCUCCUCCCACCUAAACCCUUUGCCCAUCAAUCAUUGACCCAGCAAGCCCAGGUUAUUAGCCAAAGACUGCCAGCGUGCCAGGCAUUCGUUUACAUCUUGUGCUAUAAAGAGUAUAUAAUUGGUUUACACCAUCCUACAGACAUAUACUGCACAGAAGAGGAUAGGAGUGUCACACAGUGCAAUUCUCCAUGUGCUAAUCUUUAUGUGUUUAAACAAUGUAUGGGUUUCCCUUAUGGAUAUGAAGAAGAAAAUAUUGGGACACUUUUACAGACCAAUACAUGUGACCUUCUACAAACUCGGAUCAUCUCAUAAACUUUAUAAGCCAGUCCGGCCCACAAUAAUUUAACCCUGUGAGUUUUAGAAGAAGUUGCUGUACCUAACACUGGAUUGUUUUAAAGGGACCUAUAAAAUAUUAAAUUACAAAAUGCUGGGUGUGGAAUUGCAGUACAGUUUAUAGGUACUCACAAGACAGCCUGCAAUGGAUAAACCGCAAGACACCCUAAGCAUAUGUUUUGGUUCUCUAUUAAAACAGGGACCAUAAAACAACAAUAUGUCAUAUUUAUUAAAGAGAAAGGAAAUCUUGAGAUUGUAAUAUAAAAUGUUGUGUGUAGUAAAAUAAUUUUGCAAUGAACUUUCAUUAUUUUGCUUUCUUUUUAUGUAAUUUACCUCUGGGUUUUUAUAAUGAUCUGAACUGGAAGUGCAGAUUGAAGACUUCACAAGCCUAACCCUGUUACAUAUCUACACCUAACAGUGUUCCCUCUAAGGCCACAUUUUGUGAACGGCCCAGCAGUGAAAAUGUUAAUAAGAGAACCAUACCUUACGGUCUGCAUUGUGUAGUGUUUGCUAACUGCAGGGUGUGGUUCCCUAAUUAACUGUUUCACUGCUGGGCCGUACACAAAAGGUGGCCUUAGACGGAACGCUGGUACCUAACUGGCCUCCGCAGAAGUAAUCGGAUAAAAAAAUAAGGCAAAUGGUGGAAGAAGUAUUCAAAUACAAUGAGAUGUUUAUAUGCUUUAAAACUGUUUAGACUUGGCUGAUUUGUUAUUCUAAAGCAAGACAAACAGAAAUGCCUUGUAAUUAAAAGGUGUUCAGUGCCCCUUUAAUGGGAUUUUGAUCUUUAUUUCCAUCUACAAGAUGUAUUAUAUGGGUUUUUUUUAAAAAAAGGAAAGGUUAUUCCUUUCAAACCUCAACCAACAUUUUAUUUCCAAACUUGCCAAGGUGCCCCCAACAGUAAAGUUUUAGGAGUUAAAUUUGUAAUUCAAGCGCUAUCUGACGCACGCAAAAAGCUUGCUUCUAGCGGAGUUAAAAAUGGAGCGGGAUCGUUAAAUACUGCUCAACUUGUAAUCUGGCCCUUUAUGACUAAAACAUUUUUUAUUGUGGCUUAGGUAAAAACCCAUGGUAGCAAUACAAAAUAUAUACUGAACAGAGGAGGAAUAGACUGAGGGGGAGCAAGCUUAGUACAGCGUAUUAAAGUAAAAUUAAAUGUUUAUGAUUCGUGUAAAACAAAAAAAUAAAUACAACAUUUCCAAUUUAGUUUCAUUAUCAAAUUAGCUUUGUUUUCUUUCUAUCCUUUAUAGGUAGGCAGGCUGGUGGGAACUUAGGACCGUCCAUGUAUCUUUAGCAUUCUAUAGCAGCAGUGUUUGCAACUAUGUUUAACAUUGCUAUAAACAUCAUUGCAAACACUACUGUCAGAUGGGUAAAGACAUGUGUACGCUCCUGAGCUCACUAGGAUUGCUCAUUAACAAAGGAUCCCCAGAGAACUAGGCAAAAUUAAUAAAAUAAGCAAAUUGGAAAAUUGUUUAAAAUGUUAUGCUCUAUAUAUUCACCCAAGUCUAAAUUUGACAUUAAUUUUCCUUUUAGUAGAGAGGUUCUGAAAUCCCUGUGGUCAUUAUAAUCAGCAGCAAAACAGUGUACAACUAAUUUUGCGGAUAAAAGCGAUGGAAAGGUCAACAUUGAAAUGUGCAUGGAUAUAUUUUAGAGUUAAAUAGAAGCAUAUUUGCAAUAUAGUUCCAUUAGCAAAAAUUCUUCUACUAAAAGUUUCUACUAAUUGUCAGAGGCAUGUGCACAUAUGCUAGAAUUCAAACACUGCACCCUCUCAGAGAGUCAGUAGUGGCUUGCAUGACACAAAUUAAGACUUCACAGACACAAUACACACCACCACCAGCUCUAUGAGCUUGAAUACUGGUGCAUAGGGUCUCACAGCAUAUGUGUGUAUGCUGCUGAAAAACAGUUAUAACUUUUGCUAAAACCAUUUCUCACCCUUACUCAAGACCUAGGGCACAGCGAUGGAUGCCUUAUAGCACAGUGUUUCUCAACCACAGUUUCAUUAUAGCUGAACUAGAGCACAGGUGAAAUAAUCAGCUGAUCAGUAACCAUGGUUACUAACCUGCGCUCACCCAUCAGCUGAUUAUUUCACCUGUGCUCUAGUUCAGUUAUAAUAAACACCUGACCUUUUGGGAGUACUUGGGGACCGCGGUUGAGAAACAUUAAAUAUAGCAAAUACCAGGCCCCUAGCAAACAUGGUUGUAUGCUGUGUAUGGAAGAGAGGGGAUGGAGGGGUGGUACGACACAGUACAGAGGUUAUUGUGGGGAGUAACAAAAAAAACAUGUGAAUUUUUUCAUGCCCUAGAGAAUAGGUGGAGGACCACAUGAAUCCUUUGUGCUACCAGUUACCACUUUGACCUCUGGAUUAUGAGUAAGAAUGUGUAACAUGGUUUAGAAAUCAUUAUCUAUGAUUAUCAGAUUAUAAAGUGAUACAUUAUGAGUAUUACCAAGUGGAACCGUUAUAUUGAUGAUGUUUUGUGUUGUCUGACUGUACGCUAUACAAUUUAUAAAUAAUUCUGUAUAUUGCUGAUGUAUAAUGCUGUUUAGUUUCUAGUAUUAGCUUUUGUGAUGAUAAUGUAUAUUUAUCAAUCCUUUUCUUGAUAUAUUAUUGGUUUAUUUUGCUGUAAUACACUUGGUGAAAAUAAAACACAUUUAUUUUUACAUUUUCCUUAAAAUAAUAGUUAACUAUUCCGUGUGUUAUUAAAUUUUUUGUUAUAUGAAUUUUUAAUUAUAAUUUGUAUUUAUUUACCUGUACAUUAUAAAUUUCCCAUGGUGAAUAUCAGAUGAGGAAGUGAUAUUUAUUCCAUUUUAUGAGUUUCUUUUUAUUGUAAAGAUGUAAAUAUUUAACUUAUAAGAUAAAAAAUAUAAUUAUCUAGUUCUUUUCAAGAUGUGGUUUAUUCUGAUGUGUAUUUUAAACCUUGGCAUAAUAAAAAGCAUGUAUUAGUCACCCAUUUGUACAUUGUUUGGCAGUAUGAAAUAUAUUGCAUUUUCUUAUUA